UCAAUCUGAGCAAGUGUUGACCGUUACUAGGAUACGGUCUAGGACGAUUUUUGUUCACAUGAUGGUUCCUAGGUUAGUGCAACGAUGGGUGGUGGUCUGCUGUGUGGUGAUGGUGGUACUGCUGGGUGUCAGUGAGGCCAAAAAGUGUGGCGUGAUCUGUCGUGUGCGCGAUCCACUAAGAAUCGGCAACAGCCAUGCGCUGAAGCAGUGCCUGUACGAGGUGUAUCCGGUGGAGAGCACCCAGAACGCGGAUGCCACGGUGUUCCAGAGCGAGAACCGCAAUCGAUUGUUCUCGCUGUACGGUGGACCGAGCUCGUGCGAAUACUUUGGCAACAUGAUCGCGACGGCAAAGGGACGUGACACGCUGGUGGAAACGAUCGCGAAGCAGCUACAGAAGAGCAACUUCCAGGGAUUGGAUUUGCAGUGUGAUCCAACGCAGGCCCACGUUAGCCAGCACACGUACGCGAGCUUCAUCGAGCAGCUGCGCAAUUCCCUAGGCAACACCUACGUCAUCAUGGUGACGCUGCACAGUUGCCAGCCGGAUCUGAAGCUGAUCGGCCAGCUGAACCGUUGUGUCGACUACGUCGUGAUCAACCCGCAUGUUCAGUCAUCGACAUUAUCGAACGCACUUUCGCUAGGAUUGCAACGGCAUCGUGUCCUGCUGACCACUCCGUUCCCGUCGCAGCUAGAUUGUCCGCUAACCGGGGUAGAUCAUGCGCUCGACGAAACGCUGAACCACAUCCAGCAGCAAAAUCUGUUCGGUGCCGUCGUGCAGGUCGACCAGGACGAUGUGAACAACGUGUGCGGUGAAGGUCCGUAUCCGCUGCUGCGCAGGGUACUCGAUCGCCUUUGCCGCGACGCGGAGUGCAGCUUCCGGGGCUUUGUGCGUGACACCCGUGACUGCGGCCAGUACUACACCUGCGACAAUGGCUACACAACAACGCACCAUUGCCCCGCGGGACACUCAUUCGAUCUGUGCCAGAGCAGCUGCCAGCCGUUCCUGCAGGUGAACUGCAAUCAGACGACGUGCGUCGUGAGCGGAGCCCUGCCACCGGGCCUGGCACCGAUCCCCUAUCCGAUUCCCUUCCCGAUCAAUCCUACCAACCCUUGCCUGUGCAUUGGUGGCAACAACACCAAUGGCGGCGGUGGCAACAAUGGAGGCGGAAACAACAACAACAACAACAACAACAACCUUGGCAACUGUUCGGUGUGCUGCUGCGAUCUGCUCGGGAACCUGACUAAGCUGUUCAACAGCACUAAGUUGGGACAAUUUUCCAACUUUAUCGACCUCAUCACGAAGAUUGGUGUAGAUGAUCUGGCGAAAACCAUUUCCGAUGUGAUUAAUCCAUUGGAACCGCUGCUGAAGCAACUGGUUGAUACGGUCCGUCGUUUGCUCGAGUCGAUCUUGCUUGGCAAGAGCACCAUCGAUGUAACGACGGGUGCCUUGACGGGUUUGAACGAUAAAAGUAACCUCCUGAGCAACUUGAUUCAGGCGGUCGCUGACCUGCUGAACAAGUUGUUGGGCCCCGGUGGAUUGGCCCUAGGUGGUGCUGGUGGUAUAGGCGCCAUGUUGGGUGGAAGCAAUUCCGGCCAUCCUGCGGGUGGCCCAGUUUCUCCUCCUAUUGUUGGCGCAGUUCCUCCUGCUCCUAAUGUUCUCACUGGUGCUGUUGGUGGUGCCGGCGGUUUAAAUGCUGGUAAUGGUCUCCUGUCUGCUGCUGGUAGUGGUGCCAGUGGCGGUGUACUUUUAUAA